CCCAGAAGUAUGUCACAGGUGCAAGACGUCUUAAGGCCCAACCUGUUCUACCUCUUCACAACACCCAGUUCAAUCUGUCAGCUGAUCGUCACACUGGAUUUAGUUCAAAACCUCCAGGUUUUCAGCAGGUAGCCCAGGCUACUCUGGCAGCAGUGUGGACAGACACUGUCUCGUCAACUUCAGCUUCGCCCUGAGCAGAACGAAGAUUUGCAGGGGGAAAGAUGAAGGUCGACCAGGAAGCUCAUCCCCUGUCAUCCGGACUGGAGCGUUCGGCGAUCCGGUGUCGGGAGGUUUGUCGGUCGUACGGGAAACUGAAAGUGCUGAGCAGUCUCAACUUGACCCUGCCCCAGGGACAUAUCUACGGCCUGCUGGGUCCGAGUGGGUGUGGGAAGACCACACUGUUGAAAUGCAUUGUGGGAGCGCUGAAGAUCUCCCGGGGACACAUCAGCGUGUUGGGGAAGCCGCCCGCGUUUCCUGGACACGAGGUCCCUGGGAAGAUGGUGGGGUACAUGCCACAGGACCUGGCAUUGUAUCACGAGUUUACUAUCAGUGACACGUUGAAUUUCUUCGGCCGUAUUCAUGGCCUGUCAACUAAGGUCACACAGCUUCGCAUUGACUUCCUGGUUGACUUCCUUGACCUCCCUCAGCAAAGCAGCCUGGUUGGAAAACUCAGUGGAGGACAGAAACGAAGAGUGUCACUGGGAGCAGCUUUACUUCAAAACCCCCAGUUACUGAUUCUAGAUGAACCAACAGUUGGCGUGGAUCCUGUGCUGAGAGCCAAGAUCUGGCAGCAUCUAGUAGAGAUUGUGAAAACUGGAAAGGUGUCCGUCAUCAUCACCACUCACUACAUAGAAGAGGCCAGGCAGGCCAAUGUGGUGGGUCUGAUGAGGAAUGGACGACUUUUGGCCGAGGGGGAACCUGAAACCCUGAUGAGACAGAACAGUGCAAUGACCCUGGAGAAAGCCUUCCUGCAGCUGUGUGAGACCUUCGACCAGGUCGGCUCCAAGCGCAGCGCGUCCCAGCGGGGUCAGCAGGGCGUGGUCCCGGAGAACAGCCAAUCAGGCGAGAGUCAGCCCAUCCUGGGAGUCGGACCGGGACCGGCAGAAGAGCUGCCCAAAUACUCAGCGGACUGGAAGGUACAGGUCAGGCAUGUGGUGCCAAAGUGGAGGAACAUUGCGGCUCUGAUUAUCAAAACCACGGUGCGGAUGAAGAGAAUGCCUGGGUCCCUGUUUUUCCAGUUCCUGCUGCCAGUCAUGCAGAUCUCCCUGAUGUGUCUCUGUAUCGGAGGAGAUCCUAAAGGAAUACAGGUGGCUGUGGUCAACAACGAGACCUCCUCCGGCUCCUUCAGCCAAUCUCUGCUAUCCUUCCUGGACAACUCCAGCAUACAACAGGUUAACCUCACCCACACUGAGGCUUUUGCAGGGGCCUAUAAUGGGGAGUACUGGGGGGUCAUUGGGUUUGGAAAGAAUUUCACCAGCAGCCUGACCAAGAGGAUGCUCCAGCGACAGGUUUCCAAGGAGACCGUGGAAGCUGGGUCGGUGCGUGUCUGGUUAGACCUCACCAAUCGACAAAUCGCCUUAAUGCUUCAGAAAAAACUGGAAGAUGCUUUUCAGGACUUUGUCCGACAUAAGACUGGCAGCAAGUCUCACCUGGUCUCCCUUCCUGUCAAGUUUGAGGAACCCAUCUACGGCAGCCUGAACUCAGACUUCACCACGUUUGUGACACCGGGAGCCGUUCUGAGCAUCACCUUCUACCUGGCUGUGGGCUUGACGGCUCUGUCCUUUGUGAUUGAGAGGAAAGAGGGGCUGAUGGACAGGUGUUGGGUUGCAGGUGUAAGUUCAAUGGAGACUGUGCUUGCUUACCUCAUCUCCCAGUUGAUUAUAAUCAGUGUGCAGAUCUUUCUGUUACUUCUGAUAAUGCUGCUGGUCUUCAAGAUUCCUAACGAGGGGAACCUGGUCUUGGUCAUAGCCCUGAUCGUUUUGCAGGGCAUAACAGGAACCUCCUUCGGUCUGGUCAUCUCCUCCGCCAUCGAUGAUGAACAGAACGCCACCCAGGCUGCCUUGGGCAUCUUUUACCCCAACCUCAUUGUCAGUGGUAUAAUCUGGCCAGUAGAGUGCAUCCCCUAUCCACUUCGGUACAUCAGCCUGGCCCUUCCCCAGACCUACGCCUCUGAAGCCCUCCGCUGCAUCAUGUACAGAGGUUGGGGUCUGUCCAGGAUGAUGGUGUGGAGGGGGUUCGUGGUCACCAUGGGCUGGAACACUUUCUUCGUCAUCCUGGCCAUUGUCAUCCUCAAGCUGCGGAUGUAAUACGCCUACCCCGGGAUCCAGGGGCGUUGGACUGGGAGGAAAAGGGGUACUAAGUAUAUAGGGCCCUAAUGUGUAGAGGGGCCCUCAAAAUGUUU